AGCCCAGUGCCAAAGCGAGAGUGUUGUAGUUCUUAGUGUCUUAAGAAAUAGUAUAUUUUUGUUAAUAGGAUAUAAAAUCGCGAGUGUUCAUAUGGUGAUCGAUUUUAUCGUAAAAUGUCAACUAGAUCCCAACUAACAAAGGAUUUAAACGAAAGUGUGAAAGCGUUACUUGGAAAACAUGUCAAGAUACUGCACAAGAACGUCGUUAAGUUGGAGACGAAAGGAGACAAGACAGAAAACAGAGUGCUGGUGUUUUCCCCAUGCCGGUUGUUCCUGCUCACCGCGAAGGUGCCAACCAAGAUUGAAUCACACUUCCAUUACCUAGAAAUACAAGCUGUUGAAAGCAAGAAAUCAAAUCAGUUGUGCCUCACUGUUGGUGAUAAGCAGUACUCCUUUUUGACUGCUGAUGAUUCAGUCAGCCAUGAUGUUGACUCUAUGAUAAAAGCGCUGACAACAGCCAUCAGAAAUAUAUUUCCUACAGUUCCUUUACAGCAUAUUAUCAGGAGGAUAGAAGUGGUGCCAGAGUCACGAAACCAGUACCUGCAAGAUAGUCCCAGCGAUGGGCGUGCCACAGCUGUUGGUCCAUGCGGUGGCUUCUCCACACAGUAUGCUUGCAUGUGUGAUUACCACAAUAUGCCUUAUCGGGAGGAGGUGUCCUGGGACGUGGACACAAUAUACCUCUCUCACGACACACGAGAAUUAUGUCUGAGGGACUUCGACCACCUAGAUCCAAAGGACAUAGUGCCUAUAAUCAGUGCCCUAGAGUACAAUACGUGGUUCACAAAACUGAAAGCCAGCAAUAUGAAGCUGACCCAUGAGGCCUUGGAUCGGUUAUUGCACAUAUUGAAGAAGACUCUUAGCCUUGAGGAACUUUAUCUGGAUAACCUCGGUGUUAAAUGGGAUUUUGCUCACAAACUGUCACUGGCGUUAAUAGCCAACAGCAACACACCUCUUCAUACUUUAGACUUGUCUAACAAUCUGAUAGAGGAUAAAGGUGCCUCUAGUUUGUGUGGAAUUAUUGCCAAAAUUAUGCAAGGUGUUAAUCAGCUGAGUAGCCCACUUGGGAAACUUCCAAAAGGCUUGGUUCAUCUAAACCUUUCUCACUGUGGUUUGUCCUCAAAGGGUGUAAACCAGCUCGCACAUGCACUGUCGGUCAAUAAGCUGGUCCCAAGCACAUUAAGCUACCUCAACCUCAGUGGGAACAAUCUCAAGGAGGAAAUAAAUAACCUAUGUAACUUCCUUGCACAACCAAACAGUUUGACCCACUUAGACCUUUCUGGAACUGAUACGGUACUAGAAUCGAUAUUUGGAGCUCUCUUGAGAGGAUGUGCAACUAACUUGGUACAUUUAAAUGUUUCUCGCAACAUGUUCAGCACAAAGAAGACUAAAGAAGUUCCACCAUCAUUCAAACAGUUCUUCACAAGUACUCUGAGCCUCAAAUCUCUCAAUAUGUCAUUUUGCAAACUACCUCUGGAAGCUCUGAAGAAUCUAUUGCUUGGACUGGCAUGCAAUGAGUCUACAGUUGACCUGGAACUCGAUCUGAGCUGCAACAACCUGGGUGCCCAAGGUGCCCACGUGCUAGAAUCUUGCGUGCACGGUAUCCGCUGCAUCUCGAGUUUGGACAUCAGUGAAAACAAUAUGGAUGCAGACUUAGCUUCUGUGGUGACUGCCAUCAGCAAAAAUAAAUCAAUCAAGCACUUGAGUAUGGGCAGGAACCUCAAUAACAUGAAAGCUAAAUAUAUUGCUUCUGUUAUGGAUGCUGUUGUGCAGAUGAUACAGGAAGAAGAUUGUGUUCUUCAGUCAUUAUGCAUACCAGAUUCCAAACUGAAGUCUGAUCUCUACAAUUUGAUUAAUGCAUUGGGGAGUAAUCAGUGCUUGCAGAUGAUAGACAUCAGUGGAAACAUGAUGGGGGACAAUGGGGCCAGGCUGCUUGCAAAAGCACUGCAGAUCAACUCGAAAUUGCGAACAAUAAUUUAUGAUCGCAACAAUAUAACAUUGCAAGGCUAUUCGGACAUAGCGUAUGCAUUGGAGAGUAAUUAUACUGUACGCUACAUGCCUUUUCCAAUUUAUGACAUUGUCCCCUGUAUGAAGACUUCUGCAGAAAGAACAGAUGCCGUUAUGAAGAAAAUCCAAGAUAUCCUGCACAGAAACGUCACACCAAAAAUAUACAGUAAUGGCCAGGCCUUCAGAUUGCAGCAGGGUUUCCUAUUGAGUUCCACACAGCAAAUGGUGGAUCGACUAGUAGUACAGACACAGAAUAAGAUACGUACUCUUGCUCAGGAAUCAACAGAGAAUAACAAUGAUAUUAAUCAAGCAACAGGGCUCAUAAAGGAUGCUGAUAACUCCAAACAGCUUCUGACAAGACUACAAGAAGCUGUGCAGUGCAAAGAAGAAACCGGAAACCCGAUUGACGUCAAGCUGCGUGAAGUCUCGGAUGAACUGCAUGCGGUCAUUGUUGAGUACCUGCAGAAUUCUUUGGAGAGCAUGAUGAAAUGUGCACAAGAACAGUGCCCACAUGUUCUGUCUGAUGAACAUGUACGUGCAGAAAUUCUGAAAUUGUGCAGAGAAAAAAAUCGUCUUUCUUCAGAUUUUGUGCACUCUUGUGUUGUUGAGCGUGCUGGCACAGAAAUUGUUAACAGAAUCAAUGAAUUGAAUUUGGCUGUGGCUGCCCGUGUGUCAGACCGCAUUACAGAUGAAGUCAUAGAAUCACUGUCGAGGAGUUACAAAGCAUUGGUUGGUGAUACAAAUGAAAAGCGUUCUUCAACACCAGAUGUAUUGAGAACCAGGUCUCGUGUGAGUUCGGGCUCGUCACGCAAUGAUCCCAGUGACACCUUCUCCACAGCUGACACCAUUAGCCAACGUUCGGACCAGUCACCAAUGAAAUUGGAGUAUUUAAACCUCGCCACUCCACACCUCUCUACAAAACGAAAAAGUCUCCACGGUCGCAAACUGAGACCGAAAUCUGUUGUAGACAGUAUAGAGGGUCUUUCAGCUGAUGACAUUCCAGAUUUGCUUCCACCACUGCCCUGCUCAGAAAGAGAAUCACCUGAUUGUGGCCCAUUACGGUUAAGACAUCUUGUGAAGGGACGCCCACGUCGUGCAAAAACACGCGCUCCAACGAGGCCUGUUCUACGUCCUUCAGAGUUAACAGAUGUCGAUGGUUUGGGUCUUUCUGAAGGUCUCGACACUUUCUUUCGACCCGGAUCAACAACACCACUUGUCUCUCCAGUUUCUGAUGACAGUUCACACACGUUUCCAUCAGAUAUCAGCCCUAAUCGCACACCACUAAUAAAAGAUGAACUAAAUUACCAAGAAAACAAAACAAGCUCAUCUGAAAUUGUUAGAAAUGUGAGAAUCGCCCCAGAGAUGAGCAGAAGCUUUACAGAAGAUGACUCCAGAAGCGAAACACGAUUGGGGAGAAGCUCACCGUUACCAAAAGCAAUUUCUGGGCUUCUGGAGCCUGUCUCAUCACAGCUGGCAGCUGGAGCUGCGAUGCAGUCACAGUCGACUGACAGCCUGGAGCGACGGUCGCCACUGACUGGGCGACGGUCUCAGGGUGAUUCCCCACUUACGGCUUCCCCUCUGGCUCUCUCCCGAAGGCUGGCACAGUCAUCAAAUGCUGAACAAAUAUGUGGAGGACAGUGUGUAAGGGAGGAAAGUGAUGGCACUGUACAAGAUGGGCUGGAGAGUCGUUCCGGGAUUGGUGGACCCUAUAGAUCUAGAGCUGGCACAGGACCUGAAGUCAGGAAAAGAACAUCUAGCAAGCAGGAUGUGGAUGCCGAAAAACCACCCUCUCCCAUUGUGGCACCUGGUGUGAAACUGCGUUCCACAGGACUUGUGGAAUCACUGCGUUCUCCUACUGAAAGUUUUCCAAAGGGAACCACAGCUGAUGGUCCGAAGUCACCAGUUCUUAAGUCGACAACAAAAGACGCUUCCCUAAGGACGAAUGACAGUACAACCUGCUGUGGUGGCAAACAGUGCAACAGCCGACAGAAACCACCUCCCCCCAUUGCACCGAAGCCAAGACCAUGGUCUGUUGUCGGAGGGGAUCGGAAGUCAGGGGAGUUUUCGUUGCUGAGUGAUGGUUCCAGUACGAAUACCUCUGCUGCCAAUACCCCUGACUUGGAUUCAGGAGAUACGUUGGAUGAAUCUACAGACUCUGGAGUCGCGAGUUUGGGAUCUGGAGGAGGUUGCAGUGCUGGAACCACAGUGCCUGAGAAACGAUCAGUGAGGGAGCUAGCUGCCAGCUUAGACAAACAAGGUUCGGGUGGCAGGACCGGCUCCUCACACAGCACAGAAUCAGAAAAUGUAUCUGUCAGCUGCACGGCUGGCUCUGAAGCCCCUCUCCGCUCUCGCAACUUCAUGCAUUUGACUCGGAGAAGUGAUGGACCAUCCUCCACUGAAACAAAGGAAGUUCUGGAGAGCUCGGUUGAAGAUAAUGGGAUACUUGAAAGGAAGAUAGAAAUUGUUACCUCAAGGAAGAAGAGACAAAGCUAUGUGCUGAACUCCCAGUAUGCAUUUGACGAAGAUGUAGUAGAUGUCUGACAGCACUUACAACUUCAAAACAUUAUUUUUUAUUUUGUGUACUGAGUUACAUUGAACAUCAUUCCUCUUCCCCCACUCUCUCUGGCAUAUUGCCAGAUGACUGAUGUAAAAAUGUUUUAGCUUAUUCACUGACUUGUUAUAGUUAAAAAGAAUUUUAUUAUCAGUAUAGUGAAAGUAUUUUAUAUGCAGUAAACUGUGCGCUUUUUGGCAUUCAUACUGCCAGAUCUUUUGUGUGUGCUUGUGUGUGUGUGUGUGUGUGUGUGUGUGUGUGUGUGUGUGUGUGUGUUUCCACAGAUGUACUACACAUUGUCAUAACAAUAUCUGCAGAGCUGAAAUAAUAUUAUUGGUUUUAAAUCAGCAAUUUUUUCUGAGAUAUUUAUUAGAAUUUUAUUUUUCAUGGUUAAUGGGUUUUGUAAAUUAUGAUUAAAAGCCCAUAGUGAGUGUUACAAUGGAAUGUUUAUAUUAUCACAGUUCUAAUUUGACUCUGCACUCAUGGUUAAGUUAUGAAACAGUUCU